CGGAGCAAGGGUUUCCCACUCUGCAACUGUCAAUAGCAUCCCAUGUUUUCAUUAAGUGUUAUAACCAUACAAUUGUGACUACUCAUGGUGACAUAUGACUGCUAUGAAUGUUGAGCCUUUGCAAUGCAUUUUGGAGGUCACUGCUACACAUUUGAUGUUUAGGAGGUUGACAGGUAUGGCUGUAGGUAAGUGGUGGUUGUGGAGAGUAUUCUUUGGGUGAGCUGUGGGCUAUGCAGUGUGCCUCCCAGACUGCAGAGGAAAGCUGUACAAAAGGACAGUAGAAGGAAGUUUAAUAGAGAUUCUGGACUGUGAAGAAGAGUGCUUUGGUAGUGUUUACAUUUGAGAGGAAUUUCUCCAGGGCAGGCUGGUAGACUUAAUAAAGGAUGCUUUCUAGAUGACUGUAAACUACAGAUAUAUAUAGUGAGUGUAAUUACAUGUGUAAUUACUCCCUGAUGUGCUCUGGGUGAAAGAAAGAUAAUGUCAAUUAACAAGAAGCUAUGGGAUGUCUUCUCAAUACAGGUAUGUAUCACUCUGUAGACACUGACAAUGUAGAACUUGUAAAUGACAUCUAGAUCCCAAGUGCAAGAAACUUCGUGUGUACACAUGUAGUGUACCCAUCUGCAUGUCUCUUCUGCAGUGCUAAAAUCCUCAUGGACUUGUUAUGCUUACAUGUUGUGGGUACCAGAAGAAGCUUUGAAUCUGUUCAUCCAACAGAAGUUCCUUUUGGUUGGGGGAAGAGGUUUUGUGAUUGCACUUUACACUUGGUGUUCUUUGUCCCUUUGUAUGAUAGAAAGCACAGCAGAUAAAAUGCAGCUGAAGUGUUAGAAGGUUUACUGGAUCACAUUCACAAAAACUGAAUAAAACCAUUAAAAAAGUAACUCAUGAAACAAUCUGAAGUGGAGGUGAGAAGUGUGGUUUCCACAUGUAUUCACAGUAAAGUGUUUCUAUCCUAGUUUUGCUUGUAAAAUCAGCAAACGUGCAGGGAAGCAAUUGGAACUUCCAAGUAGGAAUAUGGGGGCUAUUUGGACUGGCAGUGCAGAAACCAAACAAGUCAUUGAUUUUUUUGAAUGGUCAAAUAUUAAAAAUAAAUCUUAACUUUUUAUGUAAAUGCACAGAUGCAAUAUAAAGCCUUUGACUUCUGCAGUACAAUGUACUGCAGGGUAUUUUAAGAUAGGCAUAGAGGCCAGUCUAAUUAAAGGAAUGUGUUAAUAAGAUUCCAGAUUAAAAAAAAAAAAAGGCUGCAAAGGGUUAAUAUAUUUCAGUCUUUUCUAUCAUCCCAUUUUGAAUUGCUUUGUUAUGUUGUGCAGUUAAUAUUACAACAGUAGAGCAAGCCUUAGAAAUCGGUGAAGUGAACCAGCAUCACAGCUCCGAGGAUGGGAGGCCCUGAAGCAGCUGCUGAGCAGUCUGAGUCUUUGCAGCAGUUGCACAGGAGGGGAGAGGCAAGCAAUAACAGUUAUAGCUGAGUCUGGGUGUGCAGCUGCUGAAUGUCACUGCACCCAAUUGCAACUCAUUAGCACGUAUAACUCUCCAAAUUCAUUUUGCCAUCUCCCUGCCGGCAGCAAUUAGUGUGGGCUGCCAUGAAGAAAGGAGAGAUCUCAUUUGCUCCUGGGAAUGAUUACUGCAUCGGUCAAGGCGUUAAUUGGCUGACUUUGAAGCGGUGCCACUUUAAUGGACAAAGAAGGGCUGCAGUAUAAAAUCCUCACAGAGCCUUACAAGCCUCCUAUGCUUUUCAAGAGGUGUUAUGACAAGAAAUGGGGCUGUAAUGUCUGUAAAGCUGGACCUCAUUUGUGCACAUUUCACAAUGGAAGUCUGUCGCCUAUGUUAAUUUGUCAGCUUCUUAUUUUUGAGUUUCUGGGUCUUGCCUAAUCAAUCUGGGUAGACCAUGCCUCUUUCUGCUGUGUUGUCAAGCCAGAUCCAUGCCUGGCUAGCUUCUGCAUAACAUCAUGUGGGGACAUAGGUCUUCCCCCACUAGCAAAAUCAGACCAUUCGUUUGCUAGCCACUUUGCUUCUGCAGUUUGGUGUCAAAAAUACGCUGCUGUUCUCUCACCACAAGGGAUUCUCAUCCUGGUUAUGUCAGUGGCUUACUGUAAUGACAGCUUCUGGAUCCUCUAAGAGCUCACGUCUUUCCCAAGCAAUGCCCGUCUUACCUUCCAGUCUUGGGAAGUGCUGUCCUGGCUUACUGCAAGUGCCAAAGCCUUUCAGCUUCUGCUGUAGUCAGUGGCAAUUGGAGGUGCUUUUCACUUAUGAAAAGGCCUUCUUCCUUGAGGUGCAUGAUGAAGAGGUCACAUAGUGAUGUGACUUAUGAAGAUAAGUCUUCAUAGUACGAGAAGAAGGAUGUCGAUCCUUUCACAGGUAGGAUUUGCUUGCUGAGUUCAGCAUGAGAACUCACUGCUACGUUCUGGUUGCAGUGCCAUGUGUCACCAGUGAAUGCUGGGCAUUUAGUCGGUACAGUGAGCAAGGCACAUUUUGCUUAAUGCUUUAAGGCAGCCAUAUACCAACAAAUCGGAGAUUAACUGAAAUAAAUAGCUCUGCUUUUGCCUUUUUGUUCUUUUCCUACCCUGGAAUCGCCGUAGUGUCCCCAGGAUGAAAUGUCUGAAUCUGGGCAGUCCUCAGCAGCUGCCACGCCGAGCACCACCGGAACCAAGUCCAACACUCCCACAUCAUCUGUGCCCUCUGCUGCUGUCACGCCCCUGAACGAGAGCAUCCAACCCAUCAGUGAAUACAACGGCACAACCAAGGGCAACAAGAGGACACGAGAAAAGCGGAACAGCCGGAACAUGGAAGUGCAGGUCACACAGGAGAUGAGGAACGUCAGCAUAGGUAUGGGAAGCAGUGAUGAGUGGUCCGAUGUUCAGGACAUCAUAGACUCCACUCCUGAGCUGGAUAUGUGUCAAGAUCCCCGCCUGGAACGCCCUGGGAACAGCCCAACCCAGGGGAUUGUGAACAAAGCGUUUGGCAUCAACACAGACUCUCUCUAUCAUGAACUUUCCACAGCAGGAUCUGAGGUGAUCGGGGAUGUUGAUGAAGGAGCAGAUCUGCUAGGGGAGUUCUCAGUACGGGAUGAUUUCUUUGGAAUGGGCAAAGAAGUGGGCAAUCUGCUGUUGGAGAACUCACAGCUACUGGAGACCAAAAAUGCUUUGAACGUUGUGAAGAAUGAUUUGAUUGCCAAGGUGGACCAAUUGUCUGGAGAACAAGAAGUACUGAAGGGAGAGCUUGAGGCAACAAAGCAAGCCAAAACCAAAAUGGAAACCAGAGUGAAGGAGCUGGAGGAAGAGCUGAAAAGAGUGAAAUCUGAAGCGAUUGUUGCCCGACGAGAGCCCAAAGAAGAGGUGGAGGAUGUAAGCAGCUAUCUCUGUACAGAAUUGCAGUGCUCCUCCCCUCUGCAGGACAACAUUCCCAUAGCUCAGCGCCGGCGCUUCACCCGUGUAGAAAUGGCCCGGGUUCUGAUGGAGCGCAAUCAGUACAAAGAGAGGUUGAUGGAGCUCCAGGAGGCUGUCAGGUGGACUGAAAUGAUCAGAGCUUCCCGUGAGCACCCAUCCGUCCAGGAGAAGAAGAAGUCCACCAUUUGGCAGUUCUUCAGCCGUCUGUUCAGUUCCUCCUCAAGUCCCCCACCAGCAAAGAGGACCUACCCAUCUGUGAACAUCCACUACAAGUCUCCAACCACAGCAGGGUUCAGCCAGCGACGCAGCCACACCAUGUGCCAGAUCUCCUCUGGCAGCCGCACCCUGGAGUUCUUCCCUGAGGAUGACUGCACGUCCUCGGCGCGCCGCGAGCAGAAGCGGGAGCAGUACCGCCAGGUCCGGGAGCACGUGCGGAACGAUGAUGGGCGGCUGCAGGCCUGCGGCUGGAGCCUCCCUGCCAAGUACAAGCAGCUGAGCCCCAAUGGUGGUCAGGAAGAUACUCGCAUGAAAAAUGUCCCUGUGCCUGUAUAUUGUCGCCCACUUGUAGAGAAGGACCCAACCAUGAAGCUCUGGUGUGCAGCUGGAGUCAAUCUCACUGGAUGGAGACCAUUGGAGCAGGAAGCUGGGAAUGGGCAGAAAUUGGAUCCUGGACGGGAUCCUCUCACCUGCGAUCGGGAAGUGGAGGGCGAGAACAACAAAAGUAACCAUACAUCUCCUGAAAAGAAAAAGGCAAAGGAGUUCCAUGAAAUGGAUGCCACGUCCAGUCGUGUCUGGAUCCUCACCAGUACCUUGUCAACAAGUAAAGUUGUAAUCAUUGAUGCCAAUCAGCCUGGCACAGUGGUGGACCAGUUCACUGUCUGCAAUGCUCAUGUGCUCUGCAUCUCCAGCAUCCCUGCGGCCAGUGAGAGUGAUUAUCCUCCAGGAGAGAUCUUCCUGGAGGGCGAUGUAAAUCCUGAAGAGUCGUCUGGAACAGAUGGUGUCUUGGCAGGAAUCACUCUGGUGGGCUGUGCAACUCGCUGCAAUGUGCCACGAAGCAACUGUUCCUCGCGUGGUGACACACCUGUGCUGGACAAAGGACAGAGUGAAGUGGCUGCUGUCUGCAAUGGGAAGAUCAACCAAUCUCAGUCUACAGAGGAAGCAACAGAAGCUACAGAGGUGCCAGAGAAUGGUACAAGUGAGACAGAGCCCGUUCAAGCCCGUUCUGGACCCCUCACAGAGCACGUGUUUACGGACCCCGUCCCUGCACAGGCUCCUCUUCGUCAGAACGGAGAGAAUGGGCAGCUGAAAACAGAGUCAAGCACAGCACUGCCAGAUCAGGAGCUGAAUGGGGAUGCUGCUGGGACAUGCACCAGUGCUGCACCCACCAUGUGGCUGGGAGCACAGAAUGGCUGGCUUUACGUGCACUCUGCUGUAUCUAACUGGAAGAAGUGUCUGCACUCGAUAAAGCUAAAGGACUCGGUGCUGAGUCUAGUGCAUGUGAAGGGAAGGGUCCUUGUUGCUCUGGCAGAUGGAACACUGGCCAUAUUCCACCGAGGAGAAGAUCGUCAGUGGGAUCUCAGUAAUUACCACCUAAUGGACCUUGGUCACACUCACCAUUCUAUCCGCUGCAUGGCUGUUGUGUAUGACAGAGUCUGGUGUGGCUACAAGAACAAAAUCCAUGUUAUUCAACCUAAGACAAUGCAAAUUGAGAAGUCCUUUGAUGCCCACCCUCGGCGUGAGAGCCAGGUGCGACAGCUGGCGUGGAUUGGAGAUGGAGUGUGGGUUUCCAUCCGCCUGGAUUCCACCCUGAGGCUUUACCACGCCCACAGCCAUCAGCAUCUGCAGGACGUUGACAUUGAGCCUUAUGUCAGCAAGAUGCUAGGUACUGGAAAACUGGGCUUCUCCUUUGUACGGAUUACAGCCCUGCUCAUUGCUGGCAAUCGUCUCUGGGUAGGAACAGGGAACGGCGUUGUCAUCUCCAUUCCACUGACUGAGACUGUAGUCCUCCACCGAGGCCAACUCCUUGGGCUCCGGGCCAACAAGACCUCACCCACCUCCGGAGAGGGCAGCCGCUCUGGCGGGGUCAUCCACGUGUAUGGUGAUGACAACAGUGACAAAUCUGCCAGCAGUUUUAUUCCCUACUGCUCCAUGGCUCAGGCACAGCUCUGUUUCCAUGGUCACCGUGAUGCUGUCAAGUUCUUUGUCUCUGUGCCUGGCAACGUCCUAGCAACUUUGAAUGGGAGCGUGUUGGACAGCCCCUCGGAGAACCCCAGCACAGCAGCCACAGAGACUGAGGGGCAGAAGCUGAAGAAUGUCCUGGUGCUGAGUGGAGGAGAAGGGUACAUUGAUUUCCGGAUCGGGGAUGGAGAAGAUGAUGAGACAGAGGAGAAUGCAGGAGAUGCCACCCAGGUGAAGCCAGUACUUUCUAAGGCAGAAAGGAGCCACAUUAUUGUGUGGCAGGUAUCCUAUAUCCCAGAGUGAGAAUUUCUCCUUUCCUACCAAUGUAAGUGUCCCUGUUCCCACCUGAAUGCCACGAUGUACAUACAGAACGCCUGCAUUAUACCUACUGCUGGAAACCGACCCCAGACAACUGCAGCGGCUCCUGCCUCAGACUGUGACCCCUUUGUAACCUCUGAACUUGCAGCUUUCAUCUUGGGCCCAUGAGCUUUCUGCGUGGUUGGAUUAUUGUUCUGCUCUGGAGCUGGCGUCUACAAGGAGAGAAAUGGCAGUGCGUUGAUAAAAGUGAAGCUUGGAGCCAGAGCUGUGCAAAAGCUUUGCCUGGGGCUGGGGAGCUGGACAGGUGGUGGGUCUGGUUCUCCAGCAGGAUGCCUUGCUCCCACCUGCAUGAGAAGUAGUGCAGCACCCUGGCAUCCCCGCCAAAGCAGCGAUGGAGGAUCACAACUCCUACAGCACCCCAGAAGAAAUCCUUCCUUGUUCACCAGUGGACUUUCCACCUUAUCCACUAUGUGCACCCAAGCAUAGAAUAAUAUCCCACAGACUGACAGCAGCCAGGUCCAAGGAGCCUUCAAUAGAAAGGAAUGUCGAGGUUGGGAAGCGCUUUUGCUGUUUGGCUGGAGAAGGUGGCAGGGCUGUUAGUGGGGGGAACACAUCCUCCACACUUGCAGAUGGAAAGUCUCCCUCCUCUUCUGCUGCUUUUAUCAUAGCAGUAGUGUGCUGGGUGACGGCAUGUGUCUAGAGGGGAUUGUUUGGUAGCCUCAGGUGGGUGACAGAUGGUUGAUUGUGGAAGCCGUGGGGCCUUUCAAAACUAUUAACAAAGAAGUACUGGAACCCUGUUAUUUUAAAGGGGGAAAAGGCAGUGAUAUUUUAACUCCCUUCUCUAAAAAAAAAAAAAAAGUCAAGCAGGAAAGAAUUGAGUUCAUUCGUUUUGUGAGCCUGAAAGCUUUAGGAGAAAGUUAUCUCUACAUAGGAUUUACUGGCUUUUAAAAUAGAGGCAGUGGCAGAUAAUGUUCGUCUGCUGUGAAUUCUGCAUUAACACACUGAGAUUACUUCGACUCAUCAGGACCCCGUCCUGCUGGGAACUGCUGGCAUCCUGCUGGAAGGAGGUGGCUGUUUUCCUUUAGACAGUGGCUGUCAGGUUAGGAAAGACUCUGUAGGUGCAGUCAAGGUGUACAGGCUGUGUCUUGCCUGAGGUCAUGCAGAUAAGGGAAUUGAGGCCAGAUCUCCCAGCUCCUUUUACUCAGCAUCACAAGCACUGAUUGAAUUGGUUAGUGAGUGGUUUGAAAAGCUGGAUCUCUGUUACUCCUCUAAAGAAUGACAGCCUCUGAGAGAAAUUCUGACUGCGCUCCUUGUGCAAGCUGUGUGUCCUGCUUGUAGGAGAAGCAGCCAAAAAUGCAGCCAGGGAGAACAGUUUUAAGCUCCAUAUUGAAAGUGUGGCAGCUCCAGAUGUAGAGGCAGUGGUUUGUUUUCCCCUUCUGACAGUUGCAGCAGUUCCUUCCUCUACAAAGAAGAGCUGUUAGCAAUGAAUUUAGAAGAUCCUGGUGGCUGUCUUGUUGGUUUCCUGAGCUGUGCAGCACUGUGGAUCUCCCAAGGAUGUCCACCUCCAUCUCUGAGGAACAAGACCUGUGCUGCUUGUCAUGGUCCAGGCUGCUCUCAAGCCUUGUGGUCUGCAGCUGUUUGUGUGCUGCAGGAACACAGCAUUCACUGGGGAAGUUUUAACAUCUGUCCUCAUUCAGCAACCCUGAAAUGGUCUUUGGAUGCUCAGUUCAGAAAAGGCUGGGGCACACAGUUCCCAUCCAGGGAGGCAAGAAGACAUACGCAGGGUGCAGAGGCCUCAGCCAUCAAAGUAUGGGGCCACGGUGCUGCCCACACUGCCUGAGCAGCUGGUGACGUGAUGACCCACACUGCUCCUUGCAGAGGUAGGAAGCCAGCUGGGCUGUAUCUUCAAGCCAGGAUCUGUGGCUUGCAUUUGGCUGACUGCAAGCAGCCAUUCAUGUAGAGGAGAAUAUUUGAGAGGAGACAUCUCACUUGGGGCAGUGCUCACUCAUCCCCAGAAUGCUUUCUGCUAGAACAGGCUCUCUGGGUCACGGCACAGGGUGCAGUAACAGAUGUUGAGACAGCAGAUUCCACAGAUAUCUAACAGUUAGAGCCAGGAAAAUGGCACGCUUUGGUGUCAUUUAAAGGCAAAUGCAAUUCUUUAGGCAUGUCAAACCUUCAGCGUAAAAAUACAGGAUUGUAACGUUCUUACCUCUUACAAUUUGUUCUCUAUCUGGUUUUAGCAGUAAAAGUGACAAUAUUCAGUCUUCUGUCACCCACUGGUCCAUGGCAACAUGAGGAAACCACUCUUGGGCCUCUGCCAGCAGGUUCCUUCCCAGUUUGGUGCUUGGUUUCCUCCAGGAGAAGCACACGUGUCGGAGGGGUGGCUCCAGCUCAGCCUCUGCUAUCAGCUCCUGUUGGGAUGUGGUGGCUGCUGGGCAGCAAGGUGAGAACUGACUGGCUUCAACACACUUCCCUGUCAUAUCUCCACUGUGAUGUAUGUAAAGUAUCUUGUAUGUUACAAAAGGAUUUUAAAAAGUGUCUUAAGGCCUGUAAACUCCGCUGUUUGGUCUGAAGAUGGCAUUCUGUAAAGAGACCGCUGUAUGAAUACGUUCCCAUGCUUUUUUCCCUACGCUAUCAAACAACAAACCAUAUCUGUUCUGUAUGUAAUAAAUGUGUUAACAUCA